CUUUAAUGACUGGUAGUUGACAUUUAGUUGCAAAGUUACUUAGUUAUUAGAAUGUCUAAAACAAAUAAAUACGAAUAGAGAUAAUAAAAUAAAAUAUUACAACUCGACAAAAUAUAUCCUUUAACAACUUAAAUUAAGAGUGCAGCACAGGUUUACCGUCUUAAGAGCUAUGGAGUUCUUUGAAAAGGAAAUAGUUUGAAUACAUUGCUCAGUUGAAUUGUACCUGUUCAGAGGAGCAGCGACGUCACGCAGAGGGCGUGGCCUCGUAAACCUGUGCGUGCGCUGAUGUUUGAGAGACACUUGCAGACGCUGAAUCACAGAGAAGGAAAUGUGAACGAGUGUGACGAGAGAUUGAGUUUUUCCACAGGGUUUGAAACCCGGAACGCGUGUAUCGAUGAUCCUUCCAGCGGUUUUCAACUUCUGUGAUUCACACGGAGCCUGAAGGACGUAAAGAUGAUGCUCAACUUUCUCCCGGUGCGGAAAUUCAAGCGCAACGGCAGAUAUAUUGUGUUCGGGGUGGUGCUGAUGGUCGUGUUGCUGGCGGCUUAUCUGGAGUUCAGGGCCACGAGCGAGUGGAGCAGCACUGACGUAACCGUCCGCAGUGAAAGCGUCGCCAGGUCAAAAGCUGCUGUUCGACCUGUGUCUCAAGAAGAUAAUCAUGAUAAAGACAUCUGGACACCAAAAAACGCUCAACAGACAUGGAGGAUGGAGUAUAAAGGACUGGCUAAUCUUCACAUCUUUGAGGACUGGUGUGGGACAUCAAUAGCUCAGCUGCGGAAGAAUCUACAUUAUCCACUAUAUCCUCACAAUCGUUCAACUGUGAAGAAACUUGCUGUGUCACCCAGUUGGACCAAUUAUGGACUCAGGAUAUUUGGCUACAUACAUCCUUAUACUGAUGGUGACUUUUUGUUUGCAGUGGCAUCUGAUGAUAACAGUGAGUUCUGGCUCAGCGACAAUGAGAAUCCGGAUAAUCUGAAGCUCCGUGCUUACGUUGGAAAGACAGGUAGAGAAUGGACCGCCCCAGGGGAAUAUGGGAAAUACGCCAGUCAGAUAUCAGAUCUCAUUCCUCUUCAGAAGAACAAUAAAUAUUUCUUUGAACUCAUUCAUAAACAAAACGAUCAAGGAACGGACCAUGUGGAGGUUGCGUGGCAGCUCAAACAGACUGGACAUGGAUUUUCAAUCAUCGAUUCCAAGUUCAUCUCCCUCUAUACCAGUGAGUCCACUCUGAUGGCAGGAGAUGUCAGUCACAUUCCUCAAACUGUUGCCAGUCAUGUGACUCCUCCCCAGAAGUCAUCUCAGAAUCCACCCCAUGGAGCAGACAUGCUGAGAGCAGAUCCACGAGACUCGUUUCAUCAGGUUCCAUUACUGGACAGGCUGCGUUUGCAGGGAGUUUUACCUGACUGUAUCUAUAACCCCAGCUACAUCAUAAAGGGAUAUCCUCUAAUGCGCUACCAGGGCCUGCAGUUUGUGCACCUGACGUACGUGUAUCCUAAUGACUACACACGGCUCACACACAUGGAGAGCAAUAACAAAUGUUUCUACCGUGAGAAUCCAUACUACCUGGACAGAUAUGGCUUCUCAAACUACAUUCAACUUGAUCAGCCUGGAAAUCAAGAGUUCAUCAAAUUCAAAGGAGCUAGAAAUGAUGACACGGAGCAGCAAGUGGAAGGUAUGGAGAGGAACAAAGAUUACGGUGAGGAUUACGAUUACUCAAUGCAGAUGCACCGCAAACUGUUCUCUGUCCAGAAAAAUGGCAGAAUCAGAAAAAAAAGAGAAGAUGGGAAAAUAGACGUCAGAUUAGAACAGAUGAACCAUGACAACCAAGCUAAGGAAAUCCAAAAACUGCCUGAAGAACCUCAGAACGAUCCAGAGGAACCACAGCACCAACUGAGAAGGAAGAAGAAAAAGAGACGCCCUCAACAACACCUGAAGCACCAAAACUACCUUCAAAAUGGACCUUCUGAGGGGAAGACCCAUGACCAGGGAAAGGAAAAAGACUCUGUGGUUGCACAACAGAUUCAGAAUAAUGUCAUGGAGAAGAUACCUGAUCAGCAGACUCCAGGACCAGCUCAGAAAGAAGACCGCUGGAGGUCAGAGGUGAAACAUCAUAUGGACCAAUCACUUAGUCAGGCUGGUGGAAUUGAGCUCCACCCGCUUAAAGCACCACACAGCAAUAGUAGCGAGGGAAAUCCAAACCCUGUUGCAUUCAGAGACAGAGAUAUUCCAAUGGAGAACAUACAAGAAGUCAGUGAGUUGAAGAAAAGAUUAGUGACCAACCCUGCCAUGUUUGAUGAGGUCCAGAAUGAACGUCAUGACCUUGUGAAUCGGAUGGGUAAUCAGAAAGUCUUUUUGGGAGGACAUGUGGACAAGGCAUCCAAGAACUCAUUAGAUGUGGUAGAAGUAAAGAAGAAGAAGAACAGUACAGAUGAACGACCAUCUUUGGAUGGGGAUGAAGUCAAAGCAGAAGCAAUGAUGAAGUCCAAACACCCAAAAGGUAAAGCAGAAAAGGCUGUGCAUGUUUUGAAGGACGAUCCUAAAAAGGCUGUAGUAGAUGACAACAAUGAAAAUGAGAUACAGGACAAUGCAAUACAUAUAGAAGAGACUGAAGAUGGACGAGAUGGAGAUGCUUGGGUGGAUGAUGGUUUCUCGGAGGAAGAAGACUAUGACCUCUUCAAUAAGGCUUUGUUUGACGUGGAAGUCAAGUGGAAUCAGACAUUCCAGGCUAAACCCCUAGAUCUGAAUGCCAUGCGCUCCGAUUGGAUCGAUCUGAAAUGUAAUGUGUCUGGAAACUUGCUACUCUACGAAUCAGAAGCAUUGUCCAUAGUCGAAGCUUUCAUGAAGAAACUAAACAAGAAAUAUCCAAGGCAGUUCACUCUAGAUCGUAUUGUGAAUGUUGAGAAGAAGCCUGAUUUUAAUCGGGGCAGUAGAUAUCUACUGGAACUGGACCUGCUGGAGGCUUCAGCACACCAUCUGCGCCUGGUUCAGUACAUCUUUGUGAAAAGAACUGGUGUUAGGGAUCAGGGUGCAGACUUUAAGCUUUGCAAUCCAUAUAACUUCUACUGGAACCCGACUGCUACUGUCCACUUCAUCAUCCCAGUGAAGAACCAGGCCCGUUGGGUACAGCAGUUUAUAACUGACAUGGAGAAGUUAUACCACACCACUAGAGAUCAGAACUUCAACAUCAUCAUUGCUGACUAUGAAAGCACUGAUAUGAACAUAGAAAAAGCACUACAAAACUCUUAUUUACCCAGGUAUCAGUACCUCAGGCUAAGUGGAAAAUUUGAGAGAUCAGCAGGACUGCAGGCAGGAAUUGACCUCAUUACUGAUGAUCACAGCAUUGUGUUUCUUUGUGAUCUGCACAUCCAUUUUCCACCUGGCUUCAUCGACACUGUGAGAAAACACUGUGUGGAGGGACGCAUGGCCUUUGCUCCCAUAGUCAUGAGACUGAACUGUGGCGCUACACCUCUGGAGCCUGAUGGUUAUUGGGAGGUCAAUGGCUUUGGACUUCUGGGCAUUUAUAAAUCAGACCUGGACUCCAUUGGGGGCAUGAACACCAAAGAAUUCACUGACCGCUGGGGCGGAGAGGACUGGGAACUACUAGACAGGAUCCUUCAGGGUGGUCUGGAGGUGGAACGUCUCUACCUGAGGAACUUCUUCCAUCACUUCCACUCAAAGCGUGGAAUGUGGAAUCGCCAGAUGCUGCGCAAAACGUAACCAUUUCAACAGUCUCGCCGCUGCUGAGCACCGGUUACUAUGGCACUUUAAACGUUUGGUGAACCUCAGGACAUUCCAGAUGUGCGUUCCAGAUCGCAUCUGAUUGAAGGUGAUUUUGAGGUGAAAAUUAGUGGAAACAAAUGCAGAGACUCAGGAAAAGGAUGUCUGUGAUGUUUGUUUGAAGAUAAGUUAUUCAACAUCUCCAGCUGCUAUGGGAUCAUUUCCAGAGUUGAAAAGUUUCUCUACUGCCAACUACACUGUCAAGGGAAAAAAACGUAAAAAGGAAUAGGUGCAGGUCAUUUAUGGUUUCAGCAUCACUUUGGUGUUGUCUUCACUUCCAGGUCAAUAAUAUGCCUUCAGUUGCCUCUGGCUAAGUAUUCUGUUCUGAGAGACAGAAAUGUGACGUUCAAUGAGAUGUAUAUACUGAGAAAAGAAAUGUGAUUUUAUUCAGGUAGAUGAGUGUUUUGGGUGAGGGGUUUGACUUUGCACACUAUUAUGUGUUGUAUGCUGUGUGACCUCUUCCAUCACUGUGGCCUAAACCAAAGAGAUGUGCAAUAUUCCCAGAGGCACGGAGUGUGCAGAUAGUUUUUGAAAAGUGAAUUCAUUCAAGUUAGAAAUGCUGUUCCGUUUUCAGGCCAAUCGCAUAAAGCCUGUCAAAUACACGCUGUCAUAUCUCGUCCCCAAAAUACAAAAGAAAGAAAUAAGACCUUUUCCCCCAUAAUUUUCAUGAAAAUUAGGCAUGUUUCACUCCCAAAUUCUUAAUAUAAUGCAGAGAAUAAAGAAAUAUUAUUAUAAAUUAAAAGUCUGAUUUAAAGGUAAAAAAAAAAAACGUUUUGUUAUUGUAAUACAGCACAGAAAAACUAAAAGAUAAAACAUUAUUUCUAUUAAUGAGAAUUUUUAGUGCAGACGUGGUUAAUUGUCAUUAAACAUACUGUCAAAGUACCUUCAUUGAAGGCUUCAUUUUCUUUAUGCAAAAUAUAAUUUUGGGGGGAUGGAGGUAUAGGUUAUGAAAUGGCCUUGUUUUUGUGAUAUUUGCCGUUUUUGUGAUAUUUGCCAUUUUUAAAGUGAAAUUCAAGGUGUUUUGAUGAUGAAAAUGCCCCUUUUUUCUGCAAAAGCAAGGUAUUUUCUUGAGUUUCAUUCCUGAGCAGGCAGUUUUUCUGUUCAUGACACAUUCCAGCCAUUAAAUCCGGCUCAUGUCAAUUUAGAUUGAAUCAACCCUCUACAGUAUUACUUUAAAACAUAUUAGAUCUUAAUAAUAUUCAUCAAAAACCCUUUAGGGGUUUAUGAGUUUGUACUCUGAUGAAUUACUGCCCAAUGAAAGCUGAUGUAAGCCAUGCUCACUUAUUUAUAAGUGCCUUAUGCUGUUUCAUUUCAAGGAAAUCCGAUGGAAAUAUCAACUGUACACUUUGUUUUAUGUGGGGAUUUGGUGCCGUUUUUUCAGAGAUUCUUUUUAAUAGUUAUACACAUGCUCUAAAUGUUACUGCCUUGCUGUUUUUUAUAUAUAUAUAUAUAUAUAUAUAUAUAUAUAUAUAUAUAUAAAGGUAAUGCAUUGUAGAUCUGACAGUCAAUAGUGUGUUACUUACAAAAUCAAUAGUUUUUUUUAUUAUUUUUUCCAUAAAUUUUUAUAUGAAGGAUCUUGUUGGAGGCAAAGUAAAAAUGACUUGUUUAUGCAGAUCACAAACAACCUUAAAAUAAAAUGUUUCUUCAGG